UUCACUUCGUGAUCAGGCUUUCAAUUGUUUUUGUUUGCGUGGAGCUGGAUUUGAGGCUUAAUUUGUUGUCUAAUUACUGGUAAGUAACUGGAGCUCACUAUUCUAGCCGUGAUUUCAUUUAGAGCCACAAAUCGAAUAUUCAGUUAACAUUAUUCGUAACGUAAGCUUAAAAUAAGUGUACAUUCAACUUUGUUCAGGUGUUUGUUAAGGGAAUCUUAAUUAACACCUUCAUGUAAAAUAUGUUUCUUGUAAAGAGAUGAAAUAUUCUUAAUUUUGUUGUGUUAUUUAUUGAAAUGAAAGGGGAAAAUAGAAAAUUUUUUAGGGUUCGAACAUCAAAGUUCAUCAGAUCAAGGAUUGUGGGAGGAGCUGUUAAAUGAUGUUUUCAAAAACCAUAUCCCUUCAGCAGUAAGAUUUUCCUUAGAUACGAUUCCAGGCCAAAACAUUAAAGAAAAUUCAAGGUGUACUUCUAAAUUUCUUUUUUUUUCCUUUUUAUUCUCAGGAGAACAAUCUAGUCGAUUUUUAUUGGCCAUGGUAAGCUGUCUCGGGGUAAUUCGUUUCCUGGCCUGUGUUGCUGGUAUAGCUUUGUCAGUUUAUGCUCUCCACGUGGAGAUAUCAAAGGAACACAAUAAAGAAUACAAAGCUUUCUGUGACAUCAAUGAACACAUGAGCUGCUCAAAAGUAUUUUCGUCAAAGUAUGUGACUUUUCUCGUGUCAAUUUUUGACAAUUUUUUUUUUCUGUAUGAAACUCGUAUUUGACAUGUAGAAUGUGCAUUACUAUAUUACUAGAACAUUGUGUAGUAUUAUUCAUUAUGGAAUCUUCUUUUGGAUGCAAAUUCUUUCCUCCAGGUAUGGAACUGGUUUUGGCUUAGUGGAGCCACUCAUGGGGAAAGAUUCACCUCUCAAUGUUCCUAACAGUAUUUUUGGGAUUAUUUUCUACCUUUUGAUGUUUCUCCUUGGUAAGGAUAGUCAUUACUUAACCCUUUAAGUCCUAAGGGUGACUAACAUCUAACUUCUUCUCACAAUAUCACCCCUGAGUCAAACAUUAACAUCAAAAAUACUGGAAAUGAUUACAACUAAAGAAGCUCUUGAUUGUUAAAUAAAUCAGGAAAUGUGUAGAGAAUAUGCAUAACAAUCUAAUGGUGAAAAGGGUAAAUUCAAUAUUACUGCCAAUUAAUUUCAACACUUUUUUCCAUCAGUGUACUCUCUAGAAAAAGUAUAGACUGAUUAUAAAUCUGUGCUCAAAAAUUGGGCCAGUAGAAAAUUAAAGUGGGUUGAUAGAUUUAAAGACUCUAAUUGCUAUACCAAUCUACCAAUAUGUAGAAGAAGAAGAAAUUAUUUCUGAAAAGGAAGAUGUCAAUUAACCUACUUUUAGUGGAUUACUUUAUAAAAAGAAACAUAUUUAAUCUUUAAUCUGCAGUUGAGAGAGAUGAAGUAAGCUUCUUUGAUAAGUUCUCUGAAGUGCUGGUAAAAAAAAUAGUUUCGGAGCGGUGAUUUUCAUAACAUUUAUAAUUUCAGUACUAGUGUAAUAUGCAGUAAUACAUGAAGUUCAUUCUCUGAAAUUGAUAAUUCUCCAUAUUUACAUCACUUUUUUCAACAUUACCAGGAGAAAAUUUACCUUGAUUAGUCCUAGUACUGAGAGGGUAUAUUUUUUGAAUUUUUGCCUCAGGUCUGUCCUCCAACAAGUUUGCAGCCUGGCUGAUGUUCCUAUUUUCACUAAUGUCUUGUGCAGGAUCAAUAUAUCUAGGCUACAUUCUCUUCUACAUCUUACAUGACACAUGUGUUGUGUGUAUUUCAACAUAUGUGGUGAAUGCAAUCCUGUUGGUCAUUAGCCUGAUUACAGUAAGGUCUGCAGGGGAAAAAGGAGAUAGAAAAAAGAAAAAAGAAUAAAUAUUAUUAACCCUUUAACUCCCAUGAGUGACCAAGAGGGAAUUUCUCCUUACAGUGUCAAUUCAAUAUAAACAGACAAGUGAUGAGAGUAAAGAAGAAUGGUGAUUAGGAGAUUUUUGGUUGAUCCAAUACCAAAUUCUCCAAACUCCAUGAGAUCUUGGGAGUGAAAGGGUUAACAGUUAUUUUUUUUAAUAUAGAGGAAUUUUGUGAAAUGAUACUUGCCCUUCAAGAGAUGAUGUGUGUGUGAUCCAUUGCAAUAUUGAUAACAAAUAAAAAAAUUAAAAUUUCAGCACUGUCUUUUAGCAUUUUAAUGAUGAGAAUAUUGUUGUGGUCAUCCAGAUGAAGCCUCCUUUAACUUUGUGGGGUAACAACCUAUCAACUGGCCUUCUUGUUUAAUGCUUUUAUUUCGCAUCUCAGACUGACCCGUUAGAGAAGCUAAAGACAGCAAACUGUGAAUACAGAAAAUUCCUAUGUUUACAAGUUAACUUUCUCUUAUUUGUCCCCUUUGCUUCUCUGAAAUUAACCUUCUGGCUUCUCCCUGAAAUGAAUGAAACCUAUUCAACAAAUUGACACUAAAGAUUAUUUUGAGUUAAAUGGAAAAUGUUGUCUUUGUUACCCAUAACAUGCAUUCAUGCCUUUCAAUUGUUACAAGCUUUUUCUUAUGCAUUGAAAAUCACUACUGCCUAUUAUCCUGGGUGCAAGAGUGAUUGCAAGAAGCACAUUCCAAGUAUUUAUUACUCUAAUUAUUGAUAUCAAUUAUGGCAUAAGCAAUUUAAUUGUAAGGGAAAGUAUGUGAUUUCUUCACUUGAUAUCUUUUUCCGGCUUUUUUCAGAUAUAAGUGGAACGAAGAGGUUUUACGGGGUUUUCCCAUAGAGUUGUUAGUUUUCCGGUCGGAGUUUGAUUGGUAGCUGGCUACGUAAUGUGUUACUAUAUUUAACGUCAUCCGCUUUCCAUAUAAAUGACGAAACGUAGCUUAGUAACCGCUCAUUAUUCCGGUCACUCCGACAAGUACCUUAUAUAUCAAACAUGUUCAACGAUGCCUUAGUUUUGCGGAGUUCAGCGAAAGAAUGGCCACUGGAACGCGCACCUACAAGAUAAAAGACAAAAAUUUCGAGGUUAAGUUCGAGCUUGAUACUCGCUACAAGCUGUUGGAGAAUAUAGGCAAUGGAGCCUAUGGUGUUGUGUGUUCCGCCGUUGACACCAAGAAUGGCAUUAAAGUUGCAAUCAAGAAAAUUCCCCGAGCAUUCGACGUGGUGACUACAGCCAAACGAACUUAUCGAGAGCUCAAGAUCUUGAAGCAUUUUAAGCAUGACAACAUAAUCUCCAUUAAGAAUAUUCUUAAACCUCCUGAAGAUCUGGAGCAGUUUGACGAUGUUUACGUAGUUCUAGAUUUGAUGGAAACUGAUUUACACCAUAUUAUUCAUUCUCAGCAACAGCUGACCGACGAACACGUUCGCUAUUUUCUGUAUCAGAUUCUUCGUGGAUUGAAGUACAUUCACUCUGCAAAAGUCCUGCACCGAGAUCUGAAACCUAGCAAUUUGCUGGUCAACCAAGAUUGUGAGUUGAAGAUUGGAGACUUUGGAAUGGCCCGUGGUCUAUCUUCCUCUCCUUCAGAACAGAAGAGGGUAAUGACAGAGUAUGUAGCUACCAGAUGGUACAGGGCUCCUGAACUGAUGCUAUCGCUAAGUGAAUACUCGGAAGCAAUCGAUAUGUGGUCUGUGGGUUGUAUUUUCGCAGAAAUGCUCGGAAGGAAACAUUUAUUUCCAGGGACGAACUAUCUCAACCAGUUGCAGGUAAUUAGCACUUUCGGAUUUCCUUACAAGGUUUUGUUUUCUGAUUUAUAUUUACCAAAUGCAGGAAGUGACUGUGUGGAAAGAGAAAUUAAAAGAUAGAGAUUUAAAGAAUUUUUACCAUUUAGAAACAGAAGAGAAAGCCGUCAAUGCAAUUAUUGCAGGAACUAACAUUUGUCUCAAGGGUGGGGAGGGUGAGAGGUACGACCUCCUUCAUUGCAGUUUCUUUGAUGUCAGUGGAGGGAGGAUGCAGGAUGGAAAGUUAUCAGGAAAAAAGGCAACAAAUAGUGCAAACAAGUAAAAGCAAGCAAACUUGCACAAUCUUUCCAUCCUUUUCUUCAUUCACAGGAAGCGAAGGUGACACUUGACAAGUAAUUUAUUGAGUGUUUUUUUGUUAUAGCAUGAUUGAACAGCUAAAUUUUAUGUUUUAGAUUCAACAGGUAAAAUAUCCCUUGAUAUUACUGCUUAUCAUAAUUGUUCUCUUAAAUUACCUUUAUUUCAGCUUAUCCUCAGUGUUGUUGGCACUCCAUCAGAGAGUUUCAUUGAGCGAAUGGGGGCAGAACGAGUGAAGACUUAUCUUCAGCGACUUCCAAAGAAACAACCAGUCCCACUGGAAAAGCUUUACCCCGAAGACAAAUGCCAUCCUGAAGCACUGGAUUUGCUGGGGAAAAUGUUAAAACUUGACCCAAAUGAGAGAAUAUCAGUUGGUGAUGCACUGGCUCACAAGUAUUUGAAAGAAUACCACUGCAUUGACGAUGAACCAGUGUGCUUUCCACCAUUUGAAUUUGACUUCGAGGACAUUCCUUUUACUAAAGAUGAUCUUAAAGCAAGGAUACUGAAAGAAAUUGAACAGUUUCACAAAGAAAAGUCAUUGAUUUUGUCUCCCGUUUCAAGCCUUCCAAAAGAAUUACAGUCAAGUCAAGUUUCCUCAACACAAUUAAAAAAUGAAAAUGGUCAUGGUGCACUUAAGAAAGGUAACCUUUUGCUGUUAAGAUACAAAUAUUUAUUUUCCUGGAUGAUUUUUAACCCUUUAUACCCUAACAUCAGUACACAUAUUCUCCAUACUGUUCUCUUUACAUUUCCUAAGGUGCUGAUUAGGAGAAUUUGUUUAACAAUCAAGAGCCUCUGUAGUUGGGGAUCAUUUCCUUUAUUCUUGUCACCUCAAUGUGUGAUUCAGGGGUGAUAUUGUGAGGAGAAAUUAGAUGCUAUGCUUUCUUAGGGAUUAAAGAGUUAAUAACUAAAGUAACUGUCAUAUCCAUGGGAAAAUUAAAGAUGGCAAACAAGUAUUCUUCCCUUGUUUCUUUCUUCACCCUCUAAAAACCUGGCUUUUUCGGUGAUUGUCCUAAGCACCCCUUGGUUCAUGUUUUGAUGUCCACAGUGAACCUUCAAUGCAGAAAGACUGAUUACUAUUGAUGGCAAUUUGCCCUUCUUGCUUCCCUGUAUUAUCUUUUCAGUUCCUCUUUUUCUUCUUGCAUCAGUCUUAAGCUCUCAGUAGGUUCACUUAACUGUAGUCACCAUGUCAAAUGCUCAGGGAAUUUUCUUGAUUGCAACUUUGCUACCAUUCUUGGUAUCAUGUCAAGUAAAUUUUCACCUGAUUACUUGGUCUUUUCUCAUUGCUUGGUGGUUGGAUAAUGAAUAAUUGUGAAUUGGAUAAUUAUAGGGAUAGGUUACAGGUUCAUGUAAGUUGCUUGUAGUAGUUUGCUGGAUAACAUAUCUUUUGUCUUGGUUCUUGGUUUCAGGGAAUGGCCCAGUUUCCUCUUUGACUCUGGUGGAUGUUAAGCAGAAGAUGGAGCAAAAUUUGAAGAGGAAAAAAGAGAAAGAAGAGAAUAAAAAGAAGAAGGCCAAAGCAGCUAGAAGGCAAUCUGAAAAUAAAGAAAUCAAGUCAGAUGACUCCACUGGGCUCAGUGACAAAGAUAAAGAAAUGUUAGCUAGAUGGGAAAACAUGAGAAAACAAACCAAACCAUUUAUACACCCAAUCAGAAAAUACAUGCAGGACCUCAAGGAAUUAAAAGAUGAGGUCGCAGUUGGAGAUCCUCAACCAGGUACUACAGUCACCUCACAACCAGUUGUACCCCCUGGGAGUCAUGCACAGCAGCAGUUUCAGUUCACACAGUUUGUACCUCAGAACCAAAAUGGCUGUGUGACAGGAUUGAAAGCUGUUAAGGUCCCAAAUCAAGGGUCAAAUGCGAUGCAAACUCUACCAGGAAGUAGAAUGGCUGCACCAGGGGGUAAGUCUAACCUUGUACAUUUAUUUUUUUAUCAAUUGCUGUCAUAGGAUGGAGAAGUGGCAGUUGUGGUUUGUGCUCUUGUUUUGGGAUCGUACAGUCUGGGUGGAAGCCUUGGUUAAGUCACUGUAUUGUGUUCUUGGGCAGAAUACUUGUCUCUCUCUACUUUUUAGUAGAAAUGGGUAUCAGAAAACUGUCAUAGAAACCUGAAAAAAACUGUGGUAACCCUGUAAUGGACUGGCAUCCUGUCCUAAUUUUAUAAGAGAUAGUCAGUGUCAUCUGAUGGUUAAUUCCAUUUUUAAUAUAAUGUAGUUCAUAUCUGUUGUUGCAGGAAAGAUUGUUCUUCUAGCCCCCUGUGAAGUGGCUUCUCUACCACAGUCCAUGCUAAUAAACGUUCCUGUUCCAAUGGCAACUAAACAAUUGUAUCCCGCUUCUCAGAAAUUAACAACCCAUGGUCCGUCUAAACAAGUUUCUCUUACAAGCAUAAGCAGUCAAGAAAGUGUGGCUAGUGUGCAGAAUAACAGCACAACAAAUUCUGUUAGCAUGCCACUUCCGGCUAAAUCUGUUCUCACUUGUGCAAGCAGUACAGGUACUGGAAAAGCUGUCGGUAACAAUGCAAGCAAUCAAACAAAUAGUACUGCUGUUUCAUCUGCAGUAGAAAUAUCAAGUGCAGUGACUGGUGUCUUCACACAACUGCCAACAACUGCUGUGUCAUCAACCUCACUGUUGACAAGUUUGUCAUCUUCUGUUCCAGUUCUUUUGCAACAGUCAUCCAGGAGCUCUCAAACAUUUUUGACUCCCACUGUAGUUGGUCAGCCAGGAUUACCUUUAGGGGCCAAAGUCAGUAACCAAGAGGAAAUUGUGUCAACAACUGGAAACAAACCUGACUACAAUGCGAUGAGUACUCCCUCAAGGAACAUUCCUGUGGUUCUAAACAACUUGGUAAAUGCAGCAACUGUUGGUCAGGAACGACUACCAAUAAUUUCACAAACCUCAGCAAUAACUGAAUCACAUGUCAAAGUUUCUGCUGACAAAAGUAAUUCCUUGUCAAAAGCCUCAUCUCAAUUCAUGUCCACUGUAAAUGACUACUCUUUACAAAUACCUCUAUCUGUGUCAACUCAAGCUACACACACAGGGAGUAGCACUGCUCUUUCAACUGUAAGCAAUAUCUCUUGGAAUAAUGUUGCGCAAACUUGUACAGGUCAAGCAGUUCAAGCUUCUGCUAUAACACAGACCACAAGUGCUUUCCCAUCAAAUUCAACUUUCUCACAAUAUGGUUCAUCAUUUUCCUUGAGUGAUUCAGCUGUAUCAAAUGCAGCACCUUUAGAAACUGAGUUAAAUGUGUGCGGCAUGCCAGCACCUUCUCUUAUGAGUCCAAGAAGCCUUCAAGCCAUGUUACAAACCAUGCUGAGUACCACAGAUGCCCAGCUUCUUUUGAGUUCAAUGCUUAACUCUUCAGUAAUUCCACCCCCCAUCUUUAAACAAGCUGAUACUGCAAACAGUACAGCAACGAUGACCUCCACAGCAGCAGAACCCUUCCCAAAGAUAUCACCUCUUGAAAAAGGAUCAGAACAGUUCAUAUCACAGCAGAGUGAGUUCAAUACACAGGGAACUGAAGCAUCACAAGAGGACAAUGAGCUUAUCCCCGAGAGCAUCCAAGAUGCAUUUAGCGACCUCAAUGUUCAUGGGAUCACUGAGCAAGAAAGGUUAUCAGAGGAGGUAAUCUUUUCCAGUAUGCUGUCUUCUAAAGCAAAUGCAACUGGAAGUGGCUAUGGUUUAGGAAUUGAUUUUGAGGAACUUCUUGAUCAAGCUGGAAUUGUUCAGGAUCCGGUACUCAACAAUUUGUAAGUAUCAUCUCCACAUGCCACUGUACAAAUGAUAUGUCCUUCACUUCAGAUGAAUAUUGUGGGCCUGUUAUUUAAAUGAGGUGAUUAACCCAAACCAUGGUUUUAUGCAAUCAGUAGGCCUCACUGGCUUUCUCUAUAAGAAGGUUCAUUUUAUCAAAUACCUGUACAUGUCCUUCCACUGUUAGCAUUUUGCCCUCUUGACACUGUUCACCAAAAUAAAUGUUCACUCCCACAUGGUGCUAACAAUUUUCCUUAUAACUGUUCCAAAAAUUCUCUCUAAAUAUGCUAGAUGUAGGUAGACCUGGAAGCCCUCCUUCAAGGGAGACAAACUUUGGACUUAACUUGUUGUUAUGCUUUCUAAAGAGGCACCUUUCCUAGUCCUGAGGGUGUAUCCUGAGUGGAGGUACCUUUUUCUUAAUUGCAGAAUCAUUAUCAAGAGAUUUUUCAUCUUCUCUUUGCAGAUCCAGCCCUUAUAAAGAUUCCUGCUUGACGCUUCCAGGUAGCUUACCAAACAGUCCUUCACUAUCUGCUUCUCUGCUCUCUGACUGGUUGGAUGGCAAGGAUAUGCUUCCUGUUGAUAUGGAUGAGAUUCAAAAAGAGCUGGAAUCAAACUCAGUGCUUGCACUGUUCCAAGAAAUGGAUGAUUCUUGAUGUCUCUAGAUAUGUAUCGUUGUAAUAAAUUAAAUAAUGAUGAUAAUAAUAAUAAUAAUAAACUUUAUUCAAGUGUCGUGUAACUUUAGCAUGGUGUUGCUAAAAAAAUGUAAUAUUGUGUAAAUAAUUGUCAACCAUGUGGGAAACAUCACAGUUAUGCUCAGUUGUCAUUAAUUUAAAACUUAUUGGUGAUUAGCUGAACAGUUGACAUGUGUUUACGGAUUCAUGUACUGUUAUCAUGGAUUGUUGUUUUGGUCCUCACUGUUUUCAAAACACUGUGUCUGUUUGAAUGAGAGUCACCUCCUCUAAGUUAUGCUCAAUUAUGCUUAAUUAUUAUUAAUUGCAGGAUUGCAUCCUCAUUUCUCAGAUAUCCCUUAAUUUCCAAACUGUCCUUGCACUAUUUUAUUGAUUUAAAGCAAGUUUUUAGUAUAUGAAGAAGUUCGAGGUACAGCAUCUAUGGGGAUAAAUAGUUUUUUCUGCUCUUACUUGCUUCAUUGGUGAAAAGGAAAAAGUGAUGUGUUUCACUUUACUUGAUCACUGUAAUUCUUGAUCUUGAUAUACAUUUAUAGAUAUAUCAAGGCAUUGGGGGAAUUACGCUGAGGGUAAGGAAGGUGGUAAUGCAUUAGUGUUUUACUGGCAUCAUAUUAUUGACAAAGAGGGGGGUCACAUACAACCUUGAACUACUCCUCCUCCCCUUAGAUGCCUUUUUGAAUACCAGAUUGAGGCCUAUUAAAGUCAGAAGUUGAACUUUACUUUAAUUUGUGGAUUGUAAUAUAAAUGGGUUACAACAAAGGAUUUUUCAAACUUGCAAUUAAAUUUUUUUAUCUUGUUUAGACUGAAGUUUGAUCUGGGAUC